CGAAAAUCGAGGACGAAAGUACAGUGUGUUAUAUUGACCGGUGUUGUAAUAAAGAAACACUCAGAAACAAACAUGAAACCACACACACAAAUGUACGGCGGUGGAGAAAGAGAACACAACCAAACCCUAGGAGCUAGACUAAUGUCACACACGACGCCGUUUAGCGGCGGCGGUGAUGAUUUUCCGAGGAGAGACGAGAGGGUCCCACAGUGGGGUCAGCAAGAAACGAAAGACCUCAUUGGGAUUCGUGCGGGGUUAGAGAGAGAUUCUAAGGUUUUGAAGAGGAAUAAGAGCUUGUGGGAAGCUGUGUCGGGGAAGAUGAAGGAGAGAGGGUUUGUUAGAAGUCCUGAUCAGUGUAAAUGCAAGUGGGAGAAUCUUGUUGUUCGGUAUAAGGGGAAGGAGACAUCAGAUAUUAACACUGGCCGACAAUGUCCAUUUUUUGAGGAACUUCAUGCAUUUUUUACUGCAAGAGCAAAUAACGCUCAGCUCGAGCCUGGGGCUGGUGCUGCUAAAAAGAGGGUCAAGAGAAAUAGUAGAGAUUGUUCGUCUGAAGAUUUAUCAGUAGAUGAGGAUGAGGAUGAAAACGACGAGGUCAGGAGAAGUAGCAAUCCUAGGAAAAAGAAUGUUAAGAGGGAAAAACAGUUGUCAAGAUCUGCACAGGAGAAGCAGUCGCCAAGACAGCUUAGUGCCAUGAAUACCGGCAGCAAUACUACUAGCAAUCUGACUAGUAUUCAGGAUAUGCUUCGUGAAUUUAUUCAACAACAACAAAGGAUUGACAUGGAGUGGAGGGAAUCAAUUGAAAAGCGUGCAUAUGAGAGACUAUUAUUUGAGCAAGAGUGGCGGCAAUCCAUGGAGAAACUUGAAAGGGAAAGGAUUUUGAUUGAACAGACAUGGCGGGAGAAGGAAGAACAGAGAAGGAUGAGAGAUGAAAGCCGGGCUGAAAAGAGAGAUGCCCUCUUGACAGCACUUCUAAAUAAACUCAUCCAAGAAGAUCGUUCUUGAGAAUCAUGCUAGAAACAGAAAUUGGCUCAAUUACUACCUUCAAGGUGAUCUGUGCAUAGCAAUAGCAAAUUGGAAAAUCUCUGCCUGGAUCAUAUGCUGAAUCGACUAGAAAAGAAAGGAGAAUGACUCAAGUGGAAGGUAAAACAAAGAAAACAAAGAUGGAAACCACAGAGAAAAG